AUGGGCCACAAGAAGGCCAAAGUAGCACUACAUCAAGGUGGCAAAAAAGGUUGUAUAGAAGCUUUAGAGAAUUUGUGGGUGAAGAAGAAAGAAUUUGAUAGUGACAAGGAGCGAAAGAAAAACGAAAGGUUCAAACAAGCUUUUGCACUUGAACAAGAGCGGGUUGCGAAUGAGAAAUUAAAUCUUGAGUUGAGGAAGAAAGAGUUAGAAUUGAGGGCAUAG